GCGCGCUCCGGCCGCGUUCGAGGCGCGAUGCGCGAGCUGCCGGCGCCGCGGCCGCUCCCGCGAGGGGCGCGCUAACUGCACCGAUGCAGUGGCGAAAACUUACCAGGUUGAAGUCUUCGCCGGGCGGACAGUCGCGCGCUCGGAGGAUGCUCUGCUGCGGCCGCAGGAAGGAAAAUGGUCGCGCGGCGCCGGAUCUUACGGCGUCGCCGGGCCGAGCGCCGCCCGGCCCGCCGCAGCCGGCGCGGGCCAACCAUGCGCCGCCCUGCGUGCUGCAGCCAGACUUCCGGAAGGUAUCGGGCGUCAGCAAUGAAAUAUUCAGACAAAUUGAAAUGGUGGAGAAUGACCACGAUGCCACCACAGCCGCGGCGCUCGAGGCGGUGGAGCGACGGGGUGAGAUGAUAGUAAGAAUUCUGGAACUGAGACAAGUUGGCAGAAACAAUAUAGAAGCCGCCAAGAAAUUCUUUGCUCUACAGGAUGCCCGCCACAUAGUUCAACUAGUGGAAAUCGUCAAACGUCCCGGUCAAACCUUGGGCCUGUACAUCAGAGAAGGAGACGGCGGCGCGCGCACCGACGGCGUCUUCAUAUCGCGAAUAGCCCUCGAAUCAGCGGUGUAUAACAGCGGCUGUUUGAAGGUCGGAGACGAGAUCUUGGCUGUAAACCUGGUGGAUGUACGGAGAAUGUCUCUCGAUGACGUGGUCAUCAUCAUGUCAAUACCGCGCCGUUUGUUGCUGUGUACAAGACAAAGGAAAGGAAAAUCAGGCCCUGGCUCACCGUCGCUGCCGCGUACGGAACACAAGCCUCCGCCAGUUGUUGUGUUGAAGAGAGAUUGCCGAGACGAUGAUGACCGAGAUCGUGACCGAUUGGACGGGCUGUAUUCACAACAUGGCACUCUACGUUCGACGGGAGCACCAGGCAGCACCGUGCGACCGGUCGGCGACGGCAGAGAAGAGAGGAGUCGUAUGCAGCUCGGAGCUCUGUCGCCGGACUCCACUCCUCUAGACCUUUACUACAACUCUAGACCACCUUCAGACCACUCCACUUGGAGCUAUAGACCGCCGCCGCCAGUGAUAACGGAGCAACCAAAAUCACAAGCUACACAUUUCGUGCCGUACGAACGUUCAUAUCCCAACACAUUAGAGAGUUUAGCAGAAAAAGUGCACUCUUUCUACCCAUCGGAAAGUGGAAGCUCUCGUUUUGGAGGUAGAGUACCACGGUCGGGAUCAGAACAACAACUACCAAGAGCUGAGACACAUUCUGAUUUUGGAAGACAUUCGUUACUGCGUUCUAGUUUGAAAGCCUCCACCGCGGGACCUGGUGCUGCUUCAAGUUUAACGAGAUACGGACAACGUUAUGGUGGAGUAGGUAUGCCAGGAUCUGGUCUACCAAGCAGCAGUCUCACCGCCACCGCCCUUGGAGGAGCAGGGCUUGGACAUGGAUUACCUUCAGGCUUAUCCAGUACUGGUCUCAGUGGCUUAACCGGUUCGAGUUUAGUGGGAUCAGGCUUAACGAGUUCGGGACUCGGCACAGGAUUAUCGGGAACUGGAUUGAGUUCUGCUCUUGGAGGAGGUUAUGGAACCACAGGUUUGGGAUUACCAUCAUACGGUAGCAAAUUCGGAACAACCAGAAGGAAUCGUAGCUUGGACUAUUCGUCUGACACAGAAGCGACUGCCCCAACUAGGACUCCCUAUUAUUCAGGACUAAGUGGAUACAGAAGUAGUACGUUAGGAAGAGAUAUUGGAUCGAAGUUUAACUCCUUACCACGAGACGUCAGAGGAACUGGUCAAAGACUGGGAUUAUCAAGACGAGCUGGGAGUGUGCUUCAAGAUGAGCCGGAACCUUUAUCUUCGCGGUUGGACUUACGCUCUUCUAGAGGUCGACUGCCCUCCUCUCCCUCAGUGUUCACCUCAGACGAGUACCGGGCGUGGCUCUCCCGCGCGCCCUCUACCAGCGCACUGUACGAGUCUCUUCGCCCAAGACUACCUACGCACUACUCUGCUGAGAAUAUACAUGAUGCUCUUAAAAAUAUGGAGAGCGGCAGUCGUUUUGGAUCAUCUCUUGGAUUGGCCAGUCGUCGCAUAGAAAGACCGCGUCACUUACCAGCGCGAUCGCUGUCAUCGCAACAGUUGGGGCCUACAGCGAGCGGUUCACCCUCGGCUCGCCGUGUUAGACAGCUGCUGGAACUGGGCUCCAAGUUUACUUGUCCUAACCCCAGUCCAGUGCCAACGCCAGGCUCGCGACAUCAACGCCAUCUGGACAUUAAUCCCAAUGAGUUCCUAAAAUACAAAGUGGAGAAGCCAGGAGCCGGAGGCUUAUCCACGUCGAUGACUGGGCUGUCCCGCAUCGCAGGCGGAGUAUCUGGCAUGCUUUGGGUGCACCUCCUCGCUGGUCGAGGAUUACGUCCCGCCCCCACGGGAUCCUCGCCGGGGUCCCCACCAUCGGGACCCUUAGCACCUCCGCAACCACCCGUAGCACCUCGCGAUCUAUAUUGUGUUCUGGAGUGCGAUCGAGUACAUAAAGCACGAACUGUGGUCCGUACCGGUGAACUUCAGUUCGACUGGGACGAGUCAUUUGAGCUGGAACUAGUGGACAACAGACAGUUGGACGUACUGGUGUACUCGUGGGACCCUCAACAUAGACACAAACUCUGUUUCCGAGGAGCCGUGACUCUUCCAGACUUGUUGUCGCGUUCUCCAUCACAUCAAUUAGCUAUAAAAAUGGAGCCCCGGGGCACGCUGUACAUGCGCGUUCGCCACACCGAGCCGCACGAGCUGUUCCGCCGAAGACCAGCAGCCCCGCGGCUCGCACCGCCGCCAUUGUUCGGAGCAGAGUUGGAGACAGUGGUGGCACGGGAGCUGAGACCGCCUCACGCUGCGCCGGUGCCACUCGUUGUUAGACGCUGUGUGGAAGAGAUUGAGAGACGCGGCUUAGAUAUAAUUGGUCUAUAUCGGUUAUGUGGCUCUGCAAACAAGAAACGUAUACUUCGAGAAGCAUUCGAACGUAACGCACGCGGGGUUGAGCUCACACCUGAUUCAGUUCCUGACAUCAACGUCAUAACCGGUGUUCUGAAAGACUACUUGACUGAACUACCUCAACCUUUGUUCAGCCGAUGCUUGUAUCAAAUGACUGUCGAUGCUCUUGGAGUAUGCCUGCCCGACGACAAAGAAGGCAAUGCACGACUCAUGGCUUCAAUAGUGGAGUGUUUGCCGCGUACUGCUAGAGCUACGCUGGUCUUUCUUCUUGACCACCUAGCCUUAGUUGUAGCCGCUCAGGACCGUAACAAAAUGUCUCCACAGCACCUCGCUGUAGCGAUGGCACCACCAUUGAUGCUGCAUUCCCAACCAACGGCAGAGCUUGAGUAUCAACGUCCAAUACAUGUCCUACAAUGCCUACUCCAGAUUUGGCCUCCGCCAAAACGUUCAGUUCGACGCGGCGAGCCAGCAACCGGGCCGCGUGGAAACAGAGUCAGUGCGUCGCCAGUGGCCUCAGCCACCCUCCCCCAAGGCCGAGUUCCGCCCUCAGUCAGUCCAUAUCGGCAUCAAGCGGCAGCAUCAGCAGCAUCUCCGCCGCCAGCUCUCUCGGCUCGGCACGCGGCCGACCGCUCGCCGCCCGCACAUGUUCUCUCAUCAGUCAGGGCCGGCCAAUAUCGUCCGCAGUCGCCUCUGCGCGGCCCACUGCCCGCUCCUCCUCGCUCCCGGCAGGUGACGGUCACGUCUCCCGGUUCACCCAGUAGCAGCUCGGGCAGCCACAGCCCGGCCGACACGAUCAAGCACGGCGGCUCCGUGUCGUCGAUCCUGCGGCAGCCGGAGCGUGGGAGCUCGCCGCGCGUGUCGCCGCGCAACUCACCGCGCGCGUCACCGCGCGACUCGCCGCGCAGCACGCCGCGCGAGCCCACGCCGCGCGAGUCGCCGCGCUCCGCCAUCCCCGGCACGUCGGCGGGGCUGGCCGUGACGCUCAACUCGAGCGGCGCGCUCAGCCCGCGCUACAGCUCCACCAACCCGUUCCUGCAGCAGUACGACGCCGAGGAGGAGGCGGAGGCGUGGCGCGCCGCUGACAUAUUCUCCUCGACAUCCACGCACACAUAGUGCUCAUAGCGAAUUGAGAUUUUCUAGUCAAUUUUUUUAUUGAAUCGAAAGAGUGCUACGAUUCUGCUGUAUAUUAUGUUGUUUAGCGAGCGUGGUGCGCGUUCGUGAAAUGUUUGUUAUAUAUAGAGCGAGUUACGAUGUAUAUUAUUGUGAGAAUGUUUACCUACUGACGCGCGAGGCGUAUGCCUCGUCGGCCGCCGGCGCACCGAACCGUAGACGCUAUAGUGUUUAUCGUAUUGUAUUCUACAUUGUAUAUAAUUAAUACGUAUGAGUUGGUACGUACCAAUUUUGUACCUUUCGGGCGGGACCUCGGCGGACGGCCCGGAGCGCUACACACAUCAGCCCACAUAUCAGAGGCUCGCGUGCGCGGCCGACGCGCGGUCGCCGCGCGGCUCGUGCGUGUCGGCGGCGGACGCGUGCCAGUAGCUCGAGUAGGAAGAGUGUAUCAUAGAUCAGACGUGCGGACCGUCUUGAGACUGAGACCAUAUCAAGUAGCUCGUACAAGAAACACUCGAUGGACAUCCGUCGUAGAACGAGCGAUUACGUGACAAGUUGGCAACGUCUUGUAAUUGUAAACUGUUAUGAAAGUUUAAAAUAUUCCAAAUAUUCCUUGUUCAUUAAUAACUUAAUAAAUAUAUGUACGGUAAAUUAAACUUAUAUAGAUAUUAGCAAAGCAUUUUUACGAGUCGCUAAUUCUAUGAAGGAAUGGAUUUAUUUAUCAUAAAUGAGAUCGGUCGCAAUCUCAAGAUCGGAGGUAUUAUUUUCGAAUUUCAAAAAUAAUUUUGUUACAUUGUAUUAAAAUAAUAUUAUGGCUACAUUGAAAAGGUUUAGUAAGGAUAAGGCAAGAUUAAGAUUGAUUAUAAUGUACUCUUAAAUCAAAGUUAGAUGGAUAGGCAAAGUUUUUGGAAUAUUGGAUUUAUAGAGAAGACAAACAUAACUACAGUAAUCCAGUCACCAUACUUACGCUGGUACUAUUAAAAAUUAUGCUAAUAAUAAUUAUCUUACUAAUAAAUUAUACUCAAUUGAUUCUUAUCACUUACUUGAAAUUCGCAAAUAAUGUCUCAGUUCUUUUAACUAGCGUCUGCUAGGCAUAUAAGAGUGGUAGAAAUCGACCAAUGACAGCACUGAUGCAAUUUUUCACUGCCAUGAUUGGUCCAUUUUAUAUAGAGAAUAUUAUAUUAAUUACACUUAUUUAUAUGUCUUUCGGAGGCUGUUUGGUUACAAAUGGCUUUUGAGCAACACUUCAAGAGAAGUUUUGUUAUUACUGUUUAUUAUAAAAUAGCAUUGCACAAAGAACACGACUGAUAUGGGACACAACGUUUUUGAUACUUUACCGUUUUACCUGUUUCUCGUUUGUGAUAAUACUAGGACUUGUGUUGGAACCUCGCCUUUUAUAUAUACUGAAUGUUCGCUCAUGAAUUCUUAUUCUACUAUCACUAAUUUACAAAUGGGGCACGGCUGAAACACGCCUCUUGUGGUUAUUAUAUGUUAAACUAAUCUUAAACGUAUUUCUACUUAAUGAAAAAAAAAGUUGGACUUUAUUGUAUUGACAUGUUAAUAUGCUUAUAAUGUAUGAAAUUAAUUAAACUAAAUAUAUGGAAGAAAUGAAUUUAUUCGUAGUUAAUUAGAUCGUUGCGAUGUAUGCAACUGCAGUAGAUCGUGGUAGAGAAUUCAUGCACGGAUAAUUCUUAACUAUUCUGAAGGUUGAUGAUGACAAUAUGAUUUUAGAAAUGAAUUUAUAAAAAUCUAAUACAUUUUGAAAGGGAGAACUAUGUCGCCUUCAAGCUUGUAAUGCCAUGCGAAUAAAAUUGGUUAGAAAAAUUAAUGAAUCUAUUGUACCUACACUUGACACAUAUUAAAUUAAGGAAGAAUUUUCAUCAUAGUAAUUUUAUUCGUGUGGUGAGAGUGAAUAUAUCGGGUCGUAUUAUUGGAAAGUAUGAAAUAUAUUAUAAAUAUUACGCGCUGCCAUAGAGUUUGUAACGAUUAUUAAGCCCUUAUGAUAAAUACUUACAAAAAUCAUUGUAAACGUUUCUUCAAACAAAUCUUGAAGUUUUUAUGAUAUUUGUACAUCGCUUUUACAUAAAAUCAAAUUAGAAUUUAAUAUGGAAGCCUAUAAAAUAGGUAGGUAAUUUAUAAUUGAUAUUAUAUAGAGUGGCGUGGAUAGAGAAAUAUUGCAAAUUACUUCUAUAUUUCCUAUUGUUGUGUUAUAAUAUCAAUACUACUUUGAUGAUUUUAAAGUUCCAUAUCAUUUGACGAGAUUUUGAGUGACCUUCGUGAAUGCCUAUGUGAUGACUUGUCAUCAUCAAUAUCGUCUACAUUGUGAGAUAUCUAUUAAGGAAUAAUUAGGGCUUAUUAUUUGUGAGGUAAUAAGAAAUAAGCAGAUUUAUAAAAAGCAUAUGUUUAUGAGUUUAACAAAGUAUUUCUUAAAUCUCUUUCCGCCACUUUUGAUAAUAUUAAAGUUAGCAAUUUUAUAAUUAACAUAUUAAUGGUUAUUGAUAAUAAUGUUUACUGUAACAUAACGAUAAUUCAAUAGUACGAUCCGUACAUACAGUACAUAUAGGUGUAAAUAUGACUUGAAGUGUCGCUCGACAGUGAGUAGCCGGCCGCAAGCGGCAGUAGUGGCCAGAGGGAUGAUGGAAACUUUUGAGAAUGAACUACGUAAUAGCUGAAGUUUGUAGAUUUCGAUUGAUAUGACAUGCAUACGCUGCUUAAGUGUGUUUUGGUGAAGAAGCUAUGAAUGCCUUAGACCUACAAGAAGUAAUAGAACCUACUGUUACUUUUAAAUACGAGCCAGAAGCUGUAAAUUCUAUAUCUGGUAAAGUAGAAUUGUAUUACAAACAUUCAGCAUUACUUAAAAAUGCCUACAAGUUUAAAAUUUUCCAUCAUCUUUCCAGCUAUAGUGUGUAGUGACUACGGCGCACGGCUUCAGUUGGCUUCAACGCGGUGGUAAUCCUGAGAGAGAACAUUUUGUUAGCCGUAUUUAUGUAGAUAAAAUUAUAUGUUGUGAAUUUAUUAAAUAAAUCAACUAGUCAUGUUAAUGAGACACGUAGAUGUAACCUAAACACAAACUUUUGUGUUUGUUGACCUCAACCAGGGUAGAUUCUAUCGCACAAUUUUCAAAUAUUGUUAGAUGUUUGUUUAAAUUAGCGAUGCUACAAUGAUGUAGAAUUUCUAAUACCAAAAUUGAAAAUUCAUUGUUAGUGUAAUUUUUAAAAAUGUGUGGUGUGAGUAUGAUCCCCUGUGAAACACUAUUUGAUAAAGAAUAGUUUUAUGGAUUUAUAAAUAAAAAUUUAUGAAUAUAAUGUAUUUAAAUGUACAUUGUACAAGUUAUUAAAACUUUCAUUGAUUUAUUUAUGAAUAAAUUGAUAUAAAUAUAAGAUUUAAAGAAAUUUAAAAUUAAUUUUUAAACUUAAGCGUGUUUAGAUAUUAUAAAAUCGUUACUUUCAUAAAAUCUCAUUAACGUGAUUAGAACUUUAGCAAAUAUAGAUAUAUCGUUUAGGAUAGCACUAAAACGAAAAUUGAAGAUUUAGAUUCCUAUAAAAUUCAAAUCUUUACGCAAUAGUAUUGACAGAUGGUGCCAAAGCAUUCCUUCCUUUACCUUCAGUGUUCAUUUAGGUAAAACAUAAUUAAAUUUGCAUCGACGCUUUAAAAGGAGCUUUGAAUAAAUAUAUAACAUCACUUCUCACCUAUAGCAAUAACCGAUAUGAUAUAUGUAAAGAUGAUUCAGAUAGUGUAAAUAGUUUUGUUUUAUAGUUUGUGUCAUGAAUGUUUAUAUCGUAAAUGAAUGUUCAAUAUAGAGUAUUAUUGGCUGAAUUGUUUCCUUCUCAAGAUUGCCCCCGUGGUUUGUUUGCGUUGCGGGGCACUGGCCCUAAGAUAAUAUCAGUAUUUGGUAAAGUAGCGUUACUACGUGUACUUAACAUAACGAAUAAACGCCGCUCGCUGUACCGGGCGGCUGGAUCACAGACGAAAAUAAAUAAUACAACGUUA